AUGUCUGCGGCAAAGUUUCGACCUGCCCAAACCCCCGGUGCUCGCCAUCCUCCAUCUACAAGCGCCAACAACAUGGCGCCCUUGCUUCAAUCGCCCCAACCACACCAUGGCAAUGCGCGUACUCCCAGUCCGAACUACUUUGGCUUCCCUGCUCAGGACGACUCAUACGACUCGGAAUCCACACGCCAUGCAAGAAAGAACUGGAGCCCGCCCUCGUCGACUGUAAGGUCAACCGCCGCCUUCUCGCCCACCGUCAUUCCCGCCGACCAGAACCCCGACUUCGAUGCCUUCCGCCGUCAGUCCGAGACUGUGGGCUUCAACCUGGGCUCCCUGCAUGAGUUCGACUUCAAGAAGCCUGCAUUGCCGACCGGGGGAGUCGGCAAUAACAACACAAACAACAGCAGCUUCUUCAACAACAGCAAUCACUCGAAUAGCAACAGCUUCUUCAACAACAUCAACAUCACCGCCAGCCCCAAAGCUACAACAGAGGCACGUCCAAUGCCUCCUACAGGGCGUGCUCCUUCAGGCUCCAUCUCAGGCCCCGGACGUGCUCAUUCGGGCUCCAUAUCAGGUUCAGGUAAUGACUUCCAUCUAGAUCCGGAGUCUGCGUACCAAGGCCGCUCCCCCAAAAGACAUCUUUCUAAUGAUUCGUCGUUCCCAGACGGUCUUCGCCACGCUCCUGAGCGCCCCUCAUCUCAGCCCAGGCUAGCUAUGCCCUUCAACCUCAAUCAACCCCCUCAACCAAAGUCCAAGCCUAGAGCUGAGACUGUUCCUGUGGCUGGCCCCAUGAACGACUCGGACUCUUUCAUCACUCCUCAACAUCUAUGCAAUCUUCUCGAGUCCGCUGACGAGGAGAUGCUGAUAUUGGAUCUGCGCGUCUCGACCCAAUACGGCGGUGCUCAUCUAAGAGGUGCGCUCAACUUGUGCAUCCCCACUACUCUUCUUAAGCGACCAUCAUUCAAUGUCAACAAACUCGCCGAAACUUUCAAGGAUAACCCCGACCAACGUCAGAAGUUCGAAAACUGGAAAAGUAGCAAAUAUAUCAUAGUUUACGACUCGGCCUCAUCUCAACUCAAGGACGCCACUUCAUGUGUUAACACUAUCAAGAAGUUUGACAGCGAAGGUCUGGAAGGUACUGCCUACAUCCUCAAGGGUGGCUUUGCCGACUUUGCCAGGAAGUUCCCUGCCUAUGUGGAAAGAGCAGGAGGCCAAGCAAGUCGUGGUGGCGGUCCUAUGUCGAUGAAGCUGGAUGGACCUGAGAUUGCUCCCGUCAUUGGAGGUUGCCCCAUGCCUAUGGAGAAGAAUGCAGCCAACCCCUUCUUCGGCAACAUCAGACAGAACAUGGAUCUCAUUGGUGGUGUUGGCCAGAUGGAGGUCAAGCGUCCUACAAAUCUGACAAGAGAGAUUUGCGAGCAUCUGCCGUCAUGGCUACAAGCGGCCUCCGAAGAGAAGGACAAGGGCGCUCGCGUGUCUGAUAAGUUCUUGCAGAUCGAAAAGAGAGAACAGAAGCGUAUGCAAGAAGCUCUCUCAGGCAAGGUCUCUUACGGCUCACCAACACAUUCUAUGCCCAAAUCUUCGAUUCAAAUCGCAGGUAUCGAGAAGGGUUCAAAGAACAGAUACAACAACAUUUGGCCAUACGAGCACUCUCGUGUCAAGCUGCAGGACGUCCCUUCUCAUGGUUGCGACUACUUCAACGCCAACUACAUCGCCUCGGCCCGUUCGCACAAGCGUUAUAUUGCCACCCAGGGACCUAUUCCUGCUACCUUCACUGACUUCUGGAAUGUCAUCUGGCAGCAAGAUGCUAGAGUCAUUGUUAUGCUCACAGCAGAAAAGGAGGGUGGUCAAGUCAAGGCUCACAACUACUGGUCAGACAAACAAUACGGUCCUAUGCGUCUCGAGUUCCUUUCCGAAAAGCGCGCUUCCUUGGACCCGGCAAAGAUUAAGAGACAUCGCCAACAACGUCCCUCAGUAGGUGCAAGAAAGUCAACUGAUGGCGCCCCUCUCGCACGUAUCGAGACAUCCGCAGUCGAAAACGCAGCAAAAGACGACCAGCCAUUUGUCAUCGUCCGCAAGCUCGCUCUCCGUCACGAAGGUUACCCAUUCGAGCGUAUGCGUGAGAUUACCCAGCUCCAAUACUCGAGUUGGCCAGACUUUGGCGCUCCAGCGCAUCCAGCACAUCUAUUGGGACUGGUCGAGCAAUGCGACGCCGUUGUACACAGUACGACGCAUUCAGACCUGUCAGAGCCGGAUCCACCAGAGGCACCACCGAUCGUCGUACACUGCAGUGCUGGUUGUGGACGUACAGGAACCUUCUGUACCGUGGCUUCGGUCAUCGACAUGCUCAAAAGACAACGAUCAUCUCAACGACGACAACGAUACGCACGCGACAGCUCACCCAUGCACCUCGACGAACGCAGAAGCUCUGUACAGAUGAAAGACGACAACAGCCCGUUCUUCGCACCCCCUCCCGGCCAAUCAUCAGAACAGGACGAAGUCGAUGGCCGAUGGGUACAAGACCAGGACCAAGACUUGAUCGAAAAGACAGUCGAAGAGUUCCGCAAGCAGAGACUCAGUAUGGUGCAGAGCUUGCGCCAAUUUGUACUCUGCUACGAGAGUGUGAUGGAAUGGCUUGUUGAGCAGGAGUCGGAAGAUUAG